GCUUUAUUUUAUGUCGGCCAUAUUGACAUCGAAAGGCAAAUAACUUGACCCGAUGAGUAAUAAUUCCAGGCAUAAUUAUUUCGCCGUCUAAAAGACAAAAGGAACGAGUAAAGUAUUUGUAAAGGUCACACAUCUUUAAUUGUGUUUGCUAUUUACGUUCGCAAUCAAAACGCUUAAUUAACCAGUAACACAAGCUGAAAGUUGCGACGAUUGUUUUGACAAACAACACAAAAACGUCAAAAUUACGGAGGAAGGGGAACACAUGAAUUUUCUUUUCUAAUUUGCAAAUAUGUUGCAAGUUAUGGAAAUAAGAAUUGUCAAAAUGACAUAAGAAAACAAUUCAAACAUUGCAUUUAGCGUGUUGUUCGUUUUGGAGUGAUACGGCGAAACUCUGUGAUGGCACUGGAACACUGACAAUUGAGUGAUGGAGGUUUCACCAGUUGAACAACGCCUAAAGAAGCUCGAGGGCCUCUAUUUAGGGGGUGUUCUGAACUCUGGCGGGACUGCCCUGAGCCUUGAGACACUGCUUGACAUCCUGAUUGUCCUAUACGAUGAGUGCCAGAGUCCCGCCUUGCGGCGUGAGAAAAGGAUAUCAGAGUUUGUCGACAUCAUCAAACCUGUUGUAAGUAAAGUAAAGAACUUACGCCUGUCUCGGGAUGACUUCGAAACAGUCAGAAUCAUUGGUCGCGGUGCAUUCGGAGAGGUUGCUGUCGUGAAAAUGAAAUCCACAGAAAAAGUCUAUGCCAUGAAGAUACUAAACAAAUGGGAAAUGUUGAAAAGAGCUGAGACUGCCUGUUUUAAAGAAGAGCGUGAUGUCUUAGUCUAUGGAGAUCAUCGCUGGAUUACCAACCUUCACUAUGCAUUUCAAGAUGAUAACUACUUGUAUCUGGUCAUGGACUAUUAUGUCGGAGGAGAUCUUUUGACACUGCUAAGCAAGUUUGAAGAUCGAAUUCCAGAGGAUAUGUGCAAAUUUUAUAUAGCCGAAAUGGUUCUAGCAAUAAACUCGUUACAUCAACUCAAGUAUGUACACCGAGACAUAAAACCUGAUAAUGUGCUAUUAGACCUUAGUGGACAUAUUGUGCUAGCUGACUUUGGUUCUUGUCUGAAAUUACUGGAGGAUGGUACGGUGCAGUCUUCAGUUGCUGUCGGCACUCCGGAUUAUAUUUCUCCUGAAAUAUUACGGGCAAUGGAGGACGGUCAUGGGAGGUAUGGUCCAGAGUGUGACUGGUGGUCCCUGGGCGUGUGUAUGUACGAGAUGUUGUAUGGCUGCACACCAUUCUAUGCGGAAUCCCUCGUGGAAACAUACGGCAAGAUCAUGAACCAUCAGACUCGGUUUGAGUUCCCGACGGACAUAGACGAGUCAGAGGACUGUUCAGACCUUGCUAAGGACCUCAUGAAGCGACUGAUCUGCUCGGCAGAGACCCGGUUUGGUAGGGGAGGGGUCCAGGAGUUCAAAGACCAUGAGUGGUUCCAGGGCAUCGACUGGGACAACAUUCGAGAAAUGACAGCCCCAUUCGUCCCAGAAGUCAGUAGUCCAACAGACACAUCCAACUUUGAUGUUGACGACUCGGAAUUUAAACACACAGACACAGUACCUCCAUCAACCCAUGGCAUUUUCAAAGGGCAUCAUCUUCCAUUUGUUGGCUUUACUUUCACCAAAAACUGUCUAAUCUCGGACAAUGCAUGUCUAAAGGAUAGUGCAGAAGUGGACACUGGACAGUUGGAAGCACUGGUGGUUGAUGCAUUUAAACGACAAAUAUCAGCUCUCGAGAGGGAAAAGAAGGAACUACAAAUUAAAUAUAAAGAGGCAACCAGCACAAUCCAGCGUUUGAACAAUGACAACGCCAGCGGUGCCUCUGCUGCUGUGGGAGCUGCUGAGGCAGAGAUUCGACAGUGCAAGGAGGAGGUGGCCAUACUGCAUAAAGUAGUGGCAGAGUCCCAGUCUGAGAUCACAAUAGCGGAACAGGACCUGAGGAAGGCUAAAGAGGCGAAAGCUGACAUUGAGCGUAAACUGAAGCUGAUUGAGGAUGAGAAAGCAGCUCUGGAGAAAGAGAUACAGGAUCUGAGGGACAAGUACAAGCAGCAGGCCCGCGAACUCAAAGAUGCUGUAGCCAAACAGAAGAUAGCCAUUGAACAAUUUACUGACUCUAAUGAGGCAUUAUUGAAAUCUCAAGCAAAGGUGAAGGAGUUAACCAGAGAUCUGAGGAAUACGACAGAGGAGACAGAGGAGUACAAACGAAAGGCAGAAACCCUUAAAAACGAAAGACGGCGGACUGAGAAAAGCCUUUUUGAACUGCAGUCCCAAGUUGAGGAGCUGCGUACAGAGGCGAACAGGGAGCGUAAACUGCGGGAGCGUGCAGAGGAAAACGGCCAGGAGUUGGAGCUGGAGGUGGAGGCCUUGAAAAGGAAACAGGCCGGCAAGGAGUCCAGCACAGCCAGUCUGGAGCUAUCUCAGGAAAUCAGCAGGUUGAAAGUAGAAAUCAACAAGAAGGACUUAGAACACGGGGAGAGUGUUUCCAGACUGACAACAAAACAUCAGAAUGAGCUGAGCGACCUGAACUACACGGUACAGGAGCUGGAGCUGAGCAAGAAGGACCUGAUGAAUCAGAUCAACCAGCUGAAGGCCCAGCAGUCAGAGGAGGACUCCAUAGAGGAGCUGAGGACCAGCCUCACACAGCUCAAGUCUCGCUUUGAGCAGGAGGAGAGAAGCAAUGAGACCUUCAAGGAGGAGAACGACCGAUUGCGGGAUGAAAUGAACAAUAUGCAAAGCACACUGGACUUUGUGGCACGAGAGAAGAGUCAACUGGAGAUAGAGAUGAGGGAAAUCUACGACAAACGAGAGUCUGUCGCACAGUGGGAGGCACAGAUCUCGGAAAUCAUCAAGUGGGUGAGUGAUGAGAAGGACGCUCGGGGUUACCUGCAGGCGCUGGCAGGCAAGAUGACCGAGGAGUUGGAGAAUCUCAAGGUCAUGGGUGUGUCUGGGGAGGACUCCGGGCGGCGGUGGCGAAACCGGCGCUCCCAGCGGCUCGACAAGAUGGAGCUGUUGAACCUGCAGUCGAGUCUCAACAGCGAGAUACAGGCCAAGUCUCAGAUAAGUGAGGAGCUGAACAGACUGAAGGCCCAGUUCAGCCUCAUGGAGAACAAGUUCCUCGAAGCCAUGGAUGCCAAUAGUGACCUGAAAAAGGAAAAUGAGGAGCUCAAGAAAAAGAUAGAGAAACAGAAAUCCAAUGAUUGGGAUCGUGAGCAGGCAGAUUCCAACUCCCUCAUUGAUUACUUCAAGGGCCAGUUUUCUAUAUUGAAUGAUGGUAAAAUACAGAACGCAAAAGUGGAUCCAGCAUUGCGAAAAAAUCCUCCAAAAAGGUCAUCCAAUGAAAGCUUGGCAGACGAGAGUAGUGAAGAUGCCCAUUCAAGGGCAGACUCUAAAACAGACUCAAGAACUGAUCUGCAAGAAAAUAAUGAACACAUAUCUGCUAGUCCACACCGAUCUAGACAUAGUGUGUCCUCUGAGAAUGAGGCUGACAUGGUACGGAUGCCAUUUAGUGGUUCACCACCUACAACGCCAAAGUCUCCACAUCAGAAAGUGCAUAAGUUUCUGUACAAGACAUUUAAUGUGCCGAACAAGUGUAACAUCUGUACGUCUCUGUUGGUUGGUGUUCAUAGACAAGGCAUAACCUGUGAUGCGUGUGGCUACAUUUGCCACGUCCACUGUAGUGAUAAAGCCCCACCAGUCUGUCCCAUACCCCAAGAUCAAAUCAAGCGGCCUAUGGGAAUUGAUGUGAACAAAGGAAUUGGGACGGCUUACGAAGGAUACGUCCGGGUACCUCGGUUAGGCGGUAUCAAGAAGGGAUGGGCCCGUCUAUUUGUUGUAGUCUGUGAUUUCAAACUGUUCCUGUUUGACAUUCCCCCUGAUCGGGGAACACCUAGUCAUGUUGUUCAACAGGUGCUGGACAUGAGAGAUGAGGAGUUUUCAGUGAGCCAGGUUUUGCCGUCAGAUGUCAUACAUGCAAACAAAAAAGACAUACCAUGUAUAUUUAGGGUAACUACUUCAGAACUUAAUCCACCUGGUAGUAAGCAUUCUGUGUUAAUGUUGGCGGAGAAUGAGACAGAGAGGCAACGAUGGGUCGGAGCCCUUAAUGAACUGCAAAAACUUCUACGCAGAAAUAAAUUGCCCUUUAAAUUUAUAUUUCAAGCCCAGGAGGUGUAUGACAACUCUCUGUCUCUGGUCAAGGGAACGUACUCUGCAGCUGUCUUAGAAUCAAGUCGAUUGCUGCUUGGUACAGAAGAGGGGGCAUACAUAGCUGAACUUGCAAAAGAUGUGCUAAUACGUAUUGGGGAUAAGAGCGAGAAGAAGCCAGUGUUUCAAGUGGAGUUGGUGCCAGAGGAAAAACUAAUCAUCCUCAAUAGUGGCAAACAGCGGCAUAUCAAGCUCCUGCACACGUCGGCCCUGGAAGGCUACGAGGUGGACACGGUGAAAAUCCAGGAAACCAAAGGCUGCCAGUUAUUCUGCACAAACACUGGACACUCGGAAGCCACUGCCACAUUUCUGUGUGUUGCUAUGAAACGGACAGUGAUAGCAUUUGAACUAAUAAAAAAUCGACAGAAAUAUCGCAAACAGCGGGAGAUGACCGUUCCGGGCCAGAUUACGUUCCUGGCCCUGUGGGAGGAGAAGCUCUGCGUGGGCUAUGCCUCAAGUUUCUGCUUGUACAACGUGCUGGGGGACGGGGGCCCGAACAUGCUAGUCAGCCAGGAGGACAGUCAGCUCAAAUUUCUGUCACAGAGCAGCGUUGAGUCCAUGCUGGCCGUGGAGCUGUCUGACAGAGAGUACCUUCUUGCAUUUAAUGUAUGUGCUGUAUACGUAGAUAGCUAUGGUAGGAAAUGUCGUCCCUAUGAAAUCUUGUGGCCCGCCCAGCCUACAGCUAUCAGCUACUGUAACCCUUACCUCAUCUGCUAUACAGAGAAUAGUGUGUUUGUCUAUGAUGUUUACAAGGCUGAGUGGGUACAGACCCUGUGUCUUAAAAAGACUAAACCAUUGAACAGGGAUGGCAGUCUGAACUUGAUCAACAAUCUCGAUGUCCUCCAGUUGAUACACUUCAAGAACUUAACCAAAGAAGAAGACAAGCUUCAGCUUACUGAGGUAUUUAAAGGUAGAAGUGUGAAUCGAAACAAGCGACGGUUUUCGUUUAAAACUCGGGAGGAUGAAAGAAGUGCCAAAGGUCGUUCAAGGGAGAUCUCGGCUCCCAUGUCCUUUACUCACGUCUCCCACAUGGGGCCGGACCAAAAACUGCCCAGUGUCUCAGCUGCGGACCGUAAAUCUCGUGCUAUCUCAGCUCCCACCAAUUUCAACCAUGUGGCCCACAUUGGUCCCACCCUCAACCUUAUGGAUCUUCCAACAGCCAGGACCACCCUGUCUGCAUCCAACAGCCUGGGUUCUGUUGACCAGGGCAAGGCCAAGAAGGGGAGAAACCUCUUCAACAGUCGCAGCAGUGACAGCAAGCUUCCCCGAGGAGUCAAGUCACAUAAUGGCAAUGCCAGCCGGGAGAUAGGUCGGCAUGUGGGUGGGUCCUUGCGUUCAGAUCUGUCAGACAGUCCUGAGCAGCCAAGCUACCUGGGAGAGUCCUCUCCGACCAUUUUUGAGAUCCCAGUUCAGCAUUUUGACAGCGAGGGGAGCAUGAGGGCAGCGAGGGCCUCCCUGGACUCCAACAGCAGUGACGGGGGCAGCUCCCUAGGGUCCCUUGUGCGCCAGUUCAGCGCCCCUGAUGACCCAGAUAGCGCUCGGGAUGAAUGGUCCCACCUGUGACUCCAGACUGCCAGAAUGUCACGUCAAUGGGGAAUGAACUCAGUUUUACACUUGGAUGACUGAGUGGAUCAGUUCAUUUUGGUACUUUCGGAUCACAUGUUAAGAUUAAAAAUAAUGUGACACGGGGGAUCUGUUCAUUCUGUCACGUGCGGUCAUAAGUUAUGAGAACUGCAUUGGUCACUGCAGUCUGAUACCUCUGCCAUACUUUAAACAAAGAUCUGACUGUAUUUAAUUAUUGUAGCAUCGUUGGCUUUUGAAUGUAAUAGUAUUGUUUUCAUCCGGGCAGCACAGUCACAGACUGAUGUCACUACUGUUUCUUGGUAUUUACAGGGCUAAAAAUCUCCUUUUCUUCAUAUGAAACAUCCCUAUUAUGAAAUGAACAAUGUGGCUCUUUGAAUGCAAUAUUUGACCUGCAUCAUGCAAAAAUGUGUGAUAUGGUUAUCUCCUGACCAUACUGUGCAAACCGACCUAGAGCAACGGUGACCGCAUCAGUUAUAAGACUCAUUUUGGCAUGAUGCUGGUCAUAUCAAGACUAGUUUGAGCAAGUCAGUUUAUCAGAUGUGUAUUCCAGUUGUUGUGUGCGCUUUUUAUAAGAAAACUUAAAUUUGAACAAUUCUUCACAGAAUAAAAUACUAUGAUUUAAACGUAAAAGUAUAUAAGGAUAUCAAUUUUAAUGAAUAAAUUAUUUCUUAUGUUCAUACUGAUCCAAUGUUGUAAUGAGCAAUUUAAAGUUUAACUAGAUUGUUGUGAUUAUAUGGAACCCAGUAUGUAAUCCAUUAACAAGAAUAAGAAGUGAUUUGUUGUGUGACAACUGUCAAUGUUGAUCUUGUGUAGUCAAAACCUGGGUUACUCUUAGGCUUCAUCAUUCCCAUACUCAGUAAUAAACAAAAAUGUAAUGUGAACAAGUUGUCAUUGUAAAAAAAUAUUUAUACACCUACUAAUCUUUCCACUCUGUGUACAAUCCCCCUUGGUAAGAAAUAUGUGAGAUUCCAGACAAACAAGUUAAGUGCACAUAUUUUUGUCAAUUCUAAUUUGCUAAAACCUCAUUUUAUUAUGUCAGCUGCUCAUGUCUUUUAUCAAAUUGUUGUAUCUGUGCAAAAUGACAUGUGUUAAAAGCUCAGAAUUUUAUUCAUCCUUUCGUCAUUAUUUGGGUAAAUAAUUUAUGGAGUUGUUGUUAUUUUUAAUUAUUAAAUCGAUGUUGGAAUAAGAAGGAACAUUUUACUUUGCACUUCAAAAGUCUACUUUAGAAAAGGUGUAAUUAAAAAGAAGUUCAGGCUGAACAUAUAUCAUCUUGGUUAUUAGUUAUUACUUAAAUUGUGUCUAACAUGAAAAUGUCAGCUUAUGACUAUAAUUCUUUAAAUCAGCUGGAUUUUGCAUUGAACAUUGUUAAAUAUGCUGUGGUUUAAUUUGUGAGUAUUCUUUGUCACAGCCUUUUAAAAUGAGGUAAUGUAAACAAGUAAUAAUUAAAACAACUUAUUUGUGCACAGUUUUAGAUGUUCAAUAAAUAGAGAGAAACAGUUCAGUGCUGUUUAUGUGAAGGAAAAAGUUGAGUACCAUUAUCAUCCCUCACCAUAACAUAAGUGUCUAUUUACUGUAAGCUGCCAUUUUGAGCUGUCAUUAAGUAUGUUGGUUGCAUACAAACUGUAUUCAUUUGUGUUGUGAUGCAAGAUCUUGUAUUUGGCCAGUAUUUAUAUAAUUGUUUCACACACUCAUGUGUAAUUUAACCAAUGUAGAGAGCUUACAGUCCUGGUUUCUGAAUCUUCAACCUGUGCUAUGUGAAAGCAACAAUAUGCAUCAUGGUUUUAUGGUCAGGCAGUUUAUUUGGCAAUUUUUUAAAGCAGCGUUGAUGCUGUUUCAUCAAAUCAAUUGAAUAUGUGUGUUAAACGUGUUUGUUAAACAUGUUUGUAUGCCCCCUCCCCCCUAUUGAAGAAGGCAUCAAUCAGCAGUUGCACUGUCCAUCUUUCACUCUGUCUCUCUGUGCGAAGUGUCUUGUCUAAGCCAUAUCUUAUGACAUAUUUUGCUCUCAAAUGUCUACCACCAUAAAAUAAUUCAUUGAAACGCCCACCUGUGACUAAAAACAGCUUUAACAUAUAUGUAUAAGCCAAACAUUUGCCAUAUAUUGAUGAUAAAAACUGCGAACAAAUGCAAUCCAUCUUAAGACAAUGGGUCAUGUUUAACCCUUAGCUCCAUAUUUCAAAGGUCAAGGUUGCAUUUAUAGAUCAAAAGGUCAGACUUGGCAUCAAAACAGCUUGUUGGGAUUUUAAUUUUAUACUUUGUCAUGCUACAUGUAUAUUAAAAAACUUACCACUUAUAACCUUCAUGAGGAAAAUGGGUUUGGGUGGAAAACUUGUCUCUCCUUCAAGGUGGAAGGUCAAAUUUGGCUGCCGCCAUAAAGUCGGGGCUCGAAGUUUGUCAUUCAACAUGCAAUUUAAAAAUAAAUUCCAAAAUGACUACUAUAAGGAGAAGUGAGGGUUUUGUUUAUCACUGUUUAAUUAUCUUAAAGGUCAAGAUCACACCAAUAAUAGUUCAAAGGUCUAAUUUGGCUGUACAGAACUUGCUUGUGACAGAAGCAGAGUCUUAAGGCAAAUAUGUGGAAUGGGGUUGGGGGGUGCAUUGGUGCCCUUUGGCCACAUGUCUUUUUUUAUGAGAAAUUAUUUGGUAGAAAGAAACGAUACAAGGGAAAGAGUUAUUUAUCUGAAAAGGCCUGUUGCGCUAAAUAAGAACCAAAAUAAAAUGAAGCUCUGCUCCAUAAUCCUUUACACAUUGUGUUAAGAAUUUUGCAAGAGUUGAGUGUAGAAAUAUUUUAUCUGCUUAAUAUCGGUAUGUUAGAUAGGAUAGUUUAACACUUAAACCAUGAUUGGCUUUCUUGUUAUUUGUGCUAGUGUCUGUGCUACAAAAAUCAUCCAUACAUUUUUAUGCCUCGGGGAAAGUGGCAUAUAGAAGUUGAACUGUCCGUCUUUCAGUCAGUCUGUCCAUCCGUCCGAAAACUUUAACAUUGCCCAUAACUUUUGCAAUAUUGAAGAUAACAAUCUUGAUAUUUGGCAUGCAUGUGUAUAUCAUGGAGCAGCAUAUUUCGAGGGGUGAAAGGUCAAGGUCAGCCUUCAAGCUCAAAGGUCAAAUAUAUGGCUUCAUAGCGGCGCAGUAGGGGGCAUUGUGUUUCUGACAAACACAUCUCUUGUUUAAUUAUACCAGAGGUCUUGCAUGUAUUGGCAAAAAAACUACUAAACUUUACAGCCUCAGUCGCAUUGUAAAAUAUAUUGGCCAAUGAAUGUGAUUUUAAACAGAAAUCUGCAAUUUCAUUGGUUAAUAUAUUUGUAUUGUCUACAAGUUCAAGGAGUUAACAUCCGUGCUUCUUACUUUCAAUUGGUGUGCUGUCCAAGUAUGGUGGAGUGACUCUGGUCAUUUUGUUAUUUGAUUUUUGUCUUCGAGUAAAGUGCCAAUUAUGUUAGUUGAAGACCUUUCUAAAGUUUAUGCUUUUUUUUUUGAUUUUGUUACAAAAGUAGGAGUUUGUAAACCAUUUAUAGAAAUAACAUGUUUUCUAUUUGUUGUUUUUUGACGUUUUUAAUCGUUGGAAAGAAGUUGUACAGGGUCACCUUAACAGUUAUUUUCUAUUGUCUCCUAUAGUCAUAACCAUGUGAUCAUCAGUAGUUGAGCAGACAUAGUUACAAAUAAUGAUACUGUAGGAUCACAUAAUGUUGUGCAAGACAGUCUUUCUGCCUGUCAGUAUCAUUGGGUAUCUCCCCUUAUAAUUUCUUCUCUGUUGCUUUGCCAACCAUUAUUGUUAUGGAAUAUGUAUGUAUAAUGUGCAAUGCUGCACAUGUUGGUUUUGAAAGCACGUGUUUGUUACCAUUUCCUUGGUGCUUAAUAUUGUGAGCCUUUAUAUAUUUAAUAGUUUGUUGAAAUUUCUGUAUACUGAUAUGUACAUAUAGUAUAUAGAUUGUAUUAAAUGUUUUAGAGCAUUUUAUGGUCAUUUUACCCUGUAAAUAAUAAAUAUCUCAGUUCUAUAAUGCUGUCACUGCGCACAUGUCUAUUCUAAACUUGUAUACCUAUCAUAUGAGCUUGUGAUAUGAAGCUUAAAAUCUUGAUCUUGAGAAAAGCAAACUGACUAUACACAGCAUCUUUUGAGAAGAGCACUUAUUCGAUGUAGCUAACAUUAAUUGAAUAAUCUUUUCAUAAUGUCUCUAAAGCUUGCAUGAUUGUGUAGAGUUUCUUGGUUAUGUGUCAAUCAACUAUGUAAUCCUUAAAGUAGUUUUUACAGUCAUAGUUCUAAUUUAGGUUAUUAUUAGCAUGUGCUUAAUAUUUCAACUAAUGGACCUUUUUUGUCUAGAAGGUUACAUUCCACUUCAUUAUUGCAGGUUGUCUUCCCAUGUUUUGUGAUUACAUGUAUAACUUGUUUGUGAUUGUUGCAGGUCUGUUCAGAAACAGCUAUGUUACUUCUAAUUAAUACAUUUAUUUAGUUGUACAAUUUCCUAGUUUUGUCUUAGACCACUGUUCCACGCCUUUGAAUUUUAGAAGAAAAAAUCAAAACUUAUUUUAAGAUUAUUUGGAGUUAAACAGUUCGUAACUAUUACAGACACCUUUAACACAUUUAUGCCUAGCGUCUAGAAAAAAGGCCUUGGAAAGCAGCGUAGGCCUAGAUGAGACGCUGCCUGAUGCAGUGUCUCAUCUGGGUCUACGCUGCUUGCUUAAAGGAAUUUCUGUAAGAAAUAUUCUAAAUAUAGAAAUAAAUAUACUUCACAUCCCUAAUUUUGGAAAUAAAUUGAUCCUAAUUAGAAGGAUGGGAUAGUCCACUAGGCAUAAAUGGGUUAAUAUAGGCACUAAACACUGUGUUUGCAUCUGCUUGAAAUACACACAGAGGAAACUGAAUUUAUAGUUUGAACAUUAACAAAAUAAGUCAUAGAUGAAAUAUAUUACAUAUGAUGGGGUUUUGACUGUUAACUUAAAGAAAAGUUUGAUACGGUAUACAAGUAAACCUCUGCAAAACAUGUGCAUUGCAUCUUUUAUGUAAACUACUUAAGUGAAGGUUAAUGUCAAUGUAUUCACAAAGAAUGUAUGCAAGCUAUUGUUAUUAAAGCAUAAACGGUAGUUAUGGUCGUCAACAUUUUUCAUUAUGAAUGGUUGUAUUAGGAUUCCCUUGUAAGGUAUCUUAUCUUGAAACUCUGCACCCUGUAUUGUAGUCACGUUAUUCUAAUAUUGUCAGUAUUUAUUACUUAUUUGUUAACAUACAAUGUAACUUCUUGUGAUGAAUCAAUUGCAUUUCACUUUUGUGUACAUUAUAUGUUAUAACCAAAUGUCGUAUCUACGUGUAACAACCUGUGUAAACUUAGUAUAUGUGUUUAUUCUAAAUUGUAGUAUUAAUACGUAGAUUGCAAGAUAUUUGUACCAUUUUUAUUGAUCCAAAUUUUAUUGAAUAUUGUUCAUGAAUUAUUAAGCUUUAACUUAAUUAAUUUGUUAAUAUGUAAGAUAUGUAAAUACUUAUUGCUUUGUAAAACAUGGUUGCUAUUUUAAUGCAAUGUGGCGGCUUGCUAUAUAAGUUGCUUUGGACAACACCGAUUCCGUGGUUUGUGAUAUAGAACCAACACUGCAAGGAUCAAAUCUUUAAAAAAAAUUACAUUUAUAUUAAAUGGGCAAAUAAUUUUGAUGAUUUGAAAAUUUUGGGCGAAAUAAAAGUGUAAGUGCCUUAUUGAAGGCAAAAUGCUGUAAAGCAUUAAAAGGCUAAUCAAUGUGCAAAACUAGAAGCGCGAAAAAGGACAACUGAGAAAUAGUGAACAGUACCAUAUUAAGCAUUUUAAACAUUUGACUGACUUUAUGCUGUUUUGGUCAUAUAUAGCACACCACGAUAUUGGCGAUUCCGGUAUGAGCAUUUUAGAUAGAUGUAUUCCAAUUAACCUCUGUAUUCAAAUGAUUGUUAAAGCAUGGUACUGCUGUUUCUUUAUUAAAGCUUUCUUUGUUGUGGAGCCAAUUUAAAUUUCGAAUGAUAAAUUAUAGAUUCUAAUUUAACUUUAAAUUCUAAUUUAAUUUCUUUAAACAUGUUCUGUCAUUUUUGACAUUUACAAAUAUUUAAUUCAUUGUCAUGGCAUGUUUUAUUCCAGCAAACAUGACAUAACAAACUUCAGCCAAAUAAUACAACAAAGGUCAGCGAAAUAAAUAUCGAUUUUUAAUUGUAAAAUAGCUUCGAUGCACCAUAUUUGUAUGGAACAAUGCAAUACAGAUUGUUAUAUGUAAGCAAGUUGGACGGGCGGUGUGUGUACAGUAUUUGUAUCGUGUUGACAGCUGUCGCUGCUUAAAUUGUGACACUAUCCCACUGUGGAGUAUCAACCAUAGGAUUAUUAAUAAACUCAUUAAAUCCAA